AUGAAUCCUUGGAACGAUGAAACUGAGAAACGUCAGACCGAAUUCCGGUGUAUUUUAACUACGGCUUUUAGUAGUCCAUCUACACCAGCAAUAUCUAGAAAAGUAAUGGAUGAAAUUUACACAACUGCUCGACCCAUUAAAACGAUUGUUGAAUUAAAUACCUUCAGACCAUUAUCGAAGCAAAUAGCUAAUAAUCUGAAAACGACAAGUGUCGAAACGACCACAACUACAACAGUAGCUACAAAAACAACAACAAAAACUGUGUCUACUCCCAGAACAUUUAAUGGUAAUGAACCACUUUAUCGAUUAGACGGAGUGACCGGACAAGCGUGUAUUCUUCUACAAGUAGAUGCACUUAUAACUGUCAAAUUUCGUACAAAACUUGGGGAAGAACAAGAAGCUAAUAUUUAUGUUCCUAGUGAUGCUACUGUUACAGGAAAUUGUGACAGUGAAAACUUUGUUACAAUGUCACUGAAGUGGAAUGCUUUUGUUCUGUCUUGGAGUUUUGCUAAGACCCCCGGUGGUGAGCGAUGGUACGUUGAUAAAGUUGAGUUGACGUAUAAUUCCAGUGAUCGUCAUUUUCCACUAAUUGAUCAACCAAAUAAAACAAUUAGACUUACAUCUGGACAAAAAAAUACUCUUUUCCCAACACCUGUUGGAAAGUCUUACGUUUGUGAGGAAGAAGUUAGCAUUCCUUUAAGUGACGGUAAAAAUAAUGCUGCUCUUCUGUUAAGAGAUAUGAAAUUGCAGCCAUUUAAAUUCAAAAAUAAUGAAUUUGCUGUUGAAUUUUCAUGUAAGUCGUUAAGCGCGCGUGCAGGUAGGGAUGAAACUGCACCAGUAGCUGUUGGUUCAACACUUGCUGCUGCUGUACUUUUAACUAUCACAGGUUACGCUGGGUGGCGAUAUUUCAAGGUGAAAAAAGUUAAAUAUGAUACGAUGGAGUAA